UUUUUAUUCUUUUUACUUUUGAAAUAUAAUAUUUAAUUAUCAUUAUAUUUAAAGUAAACAAGGUUAAAUCAAUUUGAACAAAGAAAGAAAGGAUUUAUUAAUCCAUUAUAAGAAAUAAUCAUAAAAUUUUUUUAUGCACUAUCUCAUUAAUUGCUAAUUAAUAUUAAAGGUUAAAAAGAAAAAAGUAAUAUUAACCUUAAAAUGGCAUUGGCAGAUAGAAGACCUCUUGGUUUCCCAGUUACUUCAACUCCGGCUUCACCUUCAUUUAAUCCUACUCAAUUGAAUUCAAUUCCAAGAAAUGAAUCGUCCAAAGAUUUAGAAUCAGAUUCAAUUGAUCAAGAUUAUUCUCAAAAUGAUUCCUCGAGUAUUAAGUCAACCAUUAAUAAUUUAAAGGGUAAAAAUUCCGAGAAUGAUAUCAAACCAUUAACUCCUGAAAAAAGUUUAAGUCCAAUUGAAUUAUCUCCAACAACUUCAAGAAGUAUUUCUCCUGAUUCUUUAGUUAAUCAAGAUCAUGAAUUUAGUCCUAAAAAAAAUUUAAGCAGUGUCACUUCAAAAAGUUCAACUCCUUUAGAUAUUUCUCCAAUUAAAUCAAAAGAAAAAAAGCAAAAAAAUACUUCAAGAGCCCCAAUUGCCACUGGUAUAUCAACUACAAUUCCGGUCACUGGUGAAAAACCAAAACCGGAUGCUACUGGUGAUCCUUCUUUAGAAGAUGAUGUAUUGUACGCAAUUUUUGUUAUUUUAUAUGAAAAGGAUCCUGAUGGACUUGGUAUGACUGUUAAACAAAUUUGUGAUGUUUUAAUUGAACAACAUCCUCAAAUGGCUAAUUUAUCAACUAAAACUUCAAAUUUGGUCAGUGCUAAAUUAAAUGCUUAUGUUAAAAGAGUUGAAAAAGGUGAUUCUAAUUUAAAAUAUGCUUUAUCAAGAGAUUGGGCCGAUGCUUCUCCAAAAAGAAUGGUUUAUGUUUAUCGUGGUCUUUUAGCUCCAGAUUUCCAUCUUCAUGUAAAAAUUAUUAUGGAAAAACAAAAGAAAGAAAAAGAAGAACAAGCUACUAAACAAGCUAGUUUAUCAAAACCAAGAAGACAAACUAUGUUUGAUUUAGGAGUUACUAAACAUACUUUUUUAGAAAAUCCAUUGGAUAAAUCUAAUUUAUUUGUACCAUAUUCUUCAGCACCAGUUACAGCUUCUUUGAAUGAUUCAUCCAAAGAUUCUUUAACUGAUGAUAAUAAUGAUUUCAAUGACAAUUUUAAUUCUACAUUAUCACACUCGAACAAAAAAAAUCAAGUUGAUUCUGAUUUAGAUUUUGAAGAUUUUGAAGUUUUUAAUGAUGAUGAAGAUGAUAGCGAUUUUUAUAUCGAACAUUUGAAAAAAAAUAAUAAAAGAUCUAAAUCAAUGUCUUAUUUAUCUAAUAAGAAAAAUAAAAUCUUAACUGCUGCUGCUGCUGCUCCAAGAGCUCCAAGAACUCCAUGUUCUCACAGUCCUAAUGCUGCUGCUGCCGCUGCAGCCUUACAUGCUGCAGCUUUAAAGGCUAUCUCAAAAUCUUCAGAAUCUUCUGAUUCAUCUUCAAAUUCAGCUUCAUCUUCAAAUGAAAGCUCUUCAAAAGGCUCUCCUUCGGAUUCCAUCUCUUCUUCCGACUCCAUCCCUCAAACUAAAAAUGGGAAAUGGUUGAACGUCGUUAGAUCAGGCUUCUUAACCCAAGAUAUUGGAGCUCCUGAAGAUCUCAAAUUAUCCGAUUUAGACAAGUUCUUCAACUGAAUUUAGUUUUUGAGUUGUGAUUUCUAUUCUCUAUUUUUGCUCUUUCUUUCCUUCUUUUAUAUACAUAUCUAUAUUCUUUCUUUCUCUUUUCUCUAAUUUAUCUUGUAUUUCUUACUGUAUUUUUUUUUUUUUAUUAUUAUUAUUGUUAGAAGAUUUUAAAUGGGUUUCAAUUUUCUUUAAUUAUCUAUAAGACUCGGUACGCUC